GCCGCCGCCAUGCGGCACAGCCUGACCCAGCUGCUGGCGGCCUCCUCGGGCGGAGCGAGCCCUUCGGGCGCCGCGUGGCCUCUCGCCGGCUCGGGGCAGGCUCCGAGAGGGCGGGAUGGCGGCGGGGAAGGGGAUCCGGGCGCGGCGCGGCCUAAACAACAGCAACAGGAGAAGGAGGCGGCCGAAGGCCCGCCGGAGGUGUGGGAGCAAGAGGACUGGUUCCCCGGGCUGGAGCUGGGAGAUCUGCUGGAGGCGGCCCGGCCGGAAUGGGACGCGGGCGCGGAGCUGAGCGGCUGUUUCUGCGGAGAAGCGGGGCGGGGCCGCAGGCGGCGGAGCGGCGGGGCCGGCAGCAGGCUGAAGGCGGCGGCGGCGGCGCGGCUGAACCGGCUGAAGAAGAAGCAGUACGUGCUGGGGCUGGAGAGCCGCCUGCAGGGCCUGGCUGCCGAGAACCGGCAGCUGCGGGACCGCAACCGCGGCCUCAGCCGCCGCCUGCGGGAGCUGGAACGGGAGAGCGGCUACCUGCGGGCCGUGCUGGCCAACCAGAGCGCGCUGGGGCAGCUCCUGAGCCGCUUGGCCGGGACGCGGGCCGGCGGGCUGCGCCUGGGCACCAGCCUCUUCAGGGACGGCCGCCGCCAGCAGCACCAGCAGCAGCAGCAGCCCCUCCGGGCCGGCGGCGACAGCGGCGACCACGACUACGCGCUGCCCAACGCGCGGCCGCCCGGCCCCGAACAGCCGCCGGGCGCGGAGCCCGAGGAGGAGUGGGCGGCCCCCGGCGGGAUCUGCCUGCACGUGGAGCGGGAUCAGGUGUCGGUGGAGUUCUGCUCCAUCUGCGCUCGGCGAGCGGCCGCCUCCUUCAAAACGUAGGGUCCGCUACCCGCCGCAAGUACCGGCGGGGUGCUCGCCCCUCUGGGGCCUCGCGUCGUGGUGCAGAGGAAAGAAGGAAAAAAGUAACAGCGGUGCUGGGGUGGUGCUGGGGGAGAUGCGGAGGAGGGGAAGCUGUCGCCUUCGGGUGACAAACGAACGCCGAGUGACCGCAUCGGCCAAAGGCCGCGUCAGCCCGGCAGCGGUGUGAGCCGAGCGGUGCGCGGUGACGAGCGCGGUGGUGACGCGGAGCUGCCGGCACGGCCCGGCUCUGCACGCGCGGAACAGACGGUGCCGACCUGAGGCGGGACGGCGUGCGCGGGUCCGCCGUGCGGCUGCCAGUAGAGAUAACGCUGACCCGGCCGGGUUUGUGUCAGCCGAUGCCUAGCCCGCUUAUCCCGACCAGCCGAAAAUGCUUGCUUAGAAAACCAAAACCUUCGUUAAGACAUCGUCACCGGACGGCAAGUAGUAACGAUCGGCAAAAGAAAGCAUGCGUAUAAAAUUGUGCUGCCUCUUGGUUAUACGUUACUAUUAAAACCUCUCUGACAGUUUCUCUUUUAGGUGCUUGCCCUGCCAGGCUCCGUUGUGUAGGGGUUAAAGAGCAGUCGUUUCCCACCUCGCAACCUGGUAAGGAUCAAUAUAUUCCCAUAAUGCGGUAUCAGACAGCUUGCUUUGCUUGUGCCGGUCUCGUUCAUGCGGUGACUGGUCCAGGAGAUGGUAUCUCUGGUCCCUGCCCUGCUGUGAUGUUUCUGACUCCUAACUCAGUUGUGGAAAACAUCAUUCUGAGUAGCUGCUUUCUUCUUUUCCUUUUCUAAAUCAGUAUACACACAGUAGCCGGUCAGUGAGCUGCGUUUUGAAUUAAAAGUAAAUGCUUUCUGCCAUUUGAAAUAGGAAUUUUCUAUUGAACUAUGAGCUGAUGAGCUGGAAAAGGGAAAAUAAUGCUAAUGAUUUGACAUUUACAGUCUUUUGUCACAGGGGAAGUCCCAAAAGAUCAAGUAAAUUGCUUUUAAAUGAAAAAUGUGACCAGGUGGUUAAAAUACAGUCCAGUAUUAUGGACUGUAGGAUCCAUAGGAUCCAUAUCCAGGAUGCAUAGUCCCUUUAGAAUGUCCUUUCCUGCCUUUCUUUAAUUCAUGAUGCAGAGCUUUUCCUGUUUGAACAGAACCUGAACACUGCUUACAUCUGUACAGUGGAACCUUAAUGUAGAGAAAUCACUUUUUUAUAUAGAACUCCAGUCAGAACUAUGGUUGGCAUCAUGCAGGGUCUCAAAGUAACUCAGCACCUCUCACAAUCUCUGUGCCCAUGCACACUAAAAUUCCUUUGUUACUUCAGAGUAGCUUUACAUUUUAAAGAACCUGCACGUAUAUGUAUGUGCUUAAUUUUACUGUAGAGAUGUUAAUUUAGCUUACUCUUACAGUAUCCAGAAAUCCAUAACUUCAUAUAGUUCAGCACAGUUUGGAAAUGAGCAAAUAUGUGACUAAUUAAUUGAAAAGUUCUUCCUGACUAACUGAGAUAAAAGGAAAAAUGUUGAUGAACAGCAGCGUGUGUUCUCUGGUAGUAGUAUUUAUCCCCAUCACACAGGAUGAGCAGGUAGUUGUGUCCUAAUGUUGAGGUGGCUUUUCUGUACGUCAGCUGGGGGAAAGACGGAUUGUGAAAAUGAUAAUAUAUGUAAAGUGAGGUUUCACAAAGAAUAGAUUUCCUUAAAUUGGUCUCAUCUAUUAACUUCUUGAAGAAAAUAUUCUAAUUAGUGUUUUGGAAGUCUUGUUUCUUAAAGCCUUAAAUUUGGUAUUUAAGGCUAAGAGGAAGGGUUGUCUCCCAGCAAUUGGAACUGUUGGUACUACACCUUACCAAGUGCUCCUCUUUAUGAAGAAUAUGAUUUUUUCUUUGUGAAACGUCACUGUGUGAUAAAGUAUAUGUAUAUUUAGCAUCCUUGUUUUUCUUUAUGCUAAAGUGGAUUCAGCUGUGUUGGGGCAGAAGAGACGGGACCAGCUGCUGGCCACAUUUCCUGCUUUAUUUUAAAAGGUAAGUGGUUCUGUGAGUUAAAGUCUGAUGAUACAACUCCUGGAAAUACCAUCGUUCACUGCCUAGUAAAAUAUUUGUGAGAAUCUCUAAAGUGGAGGAUGAUGAAGGUAAGGCUGGCCAAAACGUCCCCUUAGAUGCAGGUCAGUGUGAGAACACAGGAAUACUUCAGGCUAACGCAAAGUUGGCUUAGUUUUGCUAAUAGCUGUUGCAGCUGUAGUGUCAUUUUGCUGCUCUGCCUGUACAAAUAAGGCCCCUGCUCCUGGUUAUAGAGAAAUAAUAGCGUGGUAGCAUGAUUUUAUAGCAUGAUUUUCCUGCAAUAACAAGGCUGUAGAUAAACAUGAAACUAAAGGUACAUUAUUCAUCAGUGUCAAACCUUGAAUUUUUAGGAGAACCAAUUAGGGGUCUUAAUGCUGAAUUCUUUAUUUAAUAUAUAAAUCACUGUUUGCAUCUCUGGGGAUAGUAGAAUUUAAAGAAAAUGUAUGUAGCUGCUGAUCGGUAAUAUAGGUUUUGUAAUGAAGACCAUGCAGCACACUGAAAUGAUUGCUUUUGUAGAAAAUCCCAUUGUCUUCACCCAAAAAGAUGUUAAUACUGGUUCCAAUACAGACUCUUGAAGAGCACUGCUUGCUGCUGGUCUCCUGUUGGACAUCAAGCCUCUAUAACAUAGAGCUGUCAGGGUGAACACAGCCCUGACUCACAAAGCAGUCUGAACCACUAAUUUCUAACUUGAGGAUGCUGAGAUAACACAGCAACAGCACUGGCCCUUUGAGGCCUCUCAAAAUAGUUCAUUGCUUCAGGAGAAGACCAAUUUCAAGGUAAACUGGUUGGAAGACAGUUUGUUCCAAUUAGGCUUUUUUUUGAUCCCAGUGUAAAUGCAUGUUCUGGGAACUCUCUGACACGAGUAUCACUCCUGACUGCUCUGUGAUCAUGGUGUUCCCUGCAGUUUAUAGCUGUACCAGGUAACAGCCCAAACAAAAUCUGUGACAGGAAUUCUACUUUAGUGAAGUUCAGGGAGGAAAGUACUCAGAUUUUGAGGAAUCUCAAGAACAAAACCUUGCCUGAUUUGUUUUUAAAUAUCAACAUUAUUUGCAUUAUUGUAAUCUUAUUUUUUCAAUAAACUUACUUGCACAUCUUCUGUAAAA